UAAAAUUCACGCGACAAGAAUUACUGAAUUCCCACGAGGUCUUCGAAAGAAUUAAAAGGGAACAGGUUAAAAGUGAAUAUAAUUGUAUUAUAAUUUUAAUUAGAAAAGUGCCAUGAAAGUAAAAAAUAGUUUACGAAAAAAUCCUUUAAGUCGACCUAAAAAGAAGGUUGACGAGACAAGCGAUGAAAGCCAAGAUGAACGAGACAUCUCGACAAGCAAAACAUCAAAGGUUUUGCUGCCUUCUGAUGAUAAUUUCAAUCAUAUUAAAUGCAAAGCUGUGAGGUAUAAAAAAUGCCAACAACUAAUAAAGGAGAAAUUGAAGGCGAAAAAAAAGGCCAAAAAGGCGAGGAUACAAGAAGGUGCUCCAAAACAAGUACCACACACCAUAGAGAGCUUACGGGAGAAGGAUGAGACUAUGAUUGUAUCUAAUGAUCUGAAUGAUGAGGCGAAUCAAGAACUUAAAAUUGAAUGUGAACAUGACGAAUUUGCUGCCUACUAUAGACAGGAUUAUGAGCCCAAGGUUCUCAUUACAUAUGCCGACAAUCCAAAUAGAAAGACGAGGAUAUUUGGCAGAGAGCUGACAAGGAUAAUACCAAAUUCUCUCUCGCUGUACAGGAAUCGUUCUGGUGUUAAGAAGAUAGUAAAAAGCGCUAUUGCCAGGAAUUUUACAGAUAUAGUAAUUGUUAACGAAGAUCAAUGCAAACCAAAUGGAAUGUUAGUCAUUCAUCUGCCAGAUGGCCCUACUGCGCAUUUUAAGCUCAGUAAUGUCAAAAUAACGACAGAAUUGAAGCGUAGCCACAAGGAAAUCACAGAACAUAGGCCAGAAGUUAUUUUAAAUAACUUUACCACACGUUUAGGAUUCACUAUUGGUAGAAUGCUGGGAGCAUUGUUUCAUUAUCAGCCAGAAUUUAAAGGAAGAAGAGCUGUGACAUUUCAUAAUCAAAGGGAUUAUAUAUUUUUCAGACAUCAUAGGUACGAAUUUAAUCUCAAGACGGGUAAACCGAGAUUACGAGAAUUGGGUCCACGAUUUACUUUAAAAUUGAGAUCUUUACAACACGGAACGUUUGAUAGUAAAUACGGCGAUUACGAGUGGAUUAUACAAGGUCGCAGACAUGAUAUGGAGACAAGCAGAAGAAAAUUCUUCUUAUAAACUUUUUGUAUGUUGAAAUUAUUGGAAAGGAAAAUGUUUUGUCCAAAAAAUCGAUUAUAUGUGAAACAAAUAAACUUUAAUAAUUUUUCUUUUUAUAUAAAAAUAUGAAUAUAUAUAUACCAAAAAUAACAUUAUGAAAAUAAAAUCUAAUUGGUCAAAAAAUCUUUAAUUAUAUAUCAUUUUUUUGUUGUCUUUUGAAUGAUUGUACUGCUUGGCAACUCGCGUUUUAAGGCGAUCGUGAAAUAUAUUUAUUAUUACAAUCGUAACAUAUAUUAUAGAAUUUGUUUCAAAAAAGACAAUGAUAAAAUAUUUUUAAAAUACUUUAAUUCUAAAAUAUUUUUA